CGGACCCUCAACCCCUCCCUCUUUCCACGCCGGUACCCACUCGGACGUCUACAGUAUAGACGCAGCACCGGGCGCAGCACCCUUAUCGUGCGUUAUAUCCAUAUCCUGGUCCAGCUCCGACAACCUCUGGUAGCUUACCCCGGCGACCCUGUCUCAACCUCUUUGUUCUCCAUAUUUUGCCCUCUCUUGGUCUCACCUACCCGCUAUCACCCUCGUCCGCAGACUUGCGAUCUCCCCGACCCUGCCGCCUUCCUGCCCCAGCCCAAUCCGAGAUAUCACUAUAUCAGCGACGGCCCUGUCGCCCGCCCGCAAUGUCUUCCUCGACAACAGCUCCCCACACCAACGGCAAGCCCGACCUCACCAAAACCCCACCUGUCAAGCUCACCACCAUGGUCACAUCCAAGUUCCUCUCCAACCCGGAGGACCUCGGCGUCGUAGCCGUCGGCUUCUCUGGGGGCCAGUGCAAGCCCGGCGUUGACGCCGCUCCGGCCGCCCUGAUAGAGUCGGGCCUCCUGACGCAGCUGCACGAAGAGCUCGGCUACAGGCUGCACGGACACGACACAGUACACCUCUACCGGGACCUCGCGCCAGCGUCCGACCCGCCAUACCGUAACAUGUUGAAGCCGCUGGCCGUGUCGGCCGUGACGCGGCGCAUCGCUGAGCAGACGUACGCGCACGCGCGCGAGGGCCGCAUGGUGCUGACGCUGGGAGGCGACCACAGCAUCGCCAUCGGCACCAUCGGCGGCGUGGCCAAGGGCGUGCGCGAGCGCUUCGGCGGGCGGCGCGAGGUGGCGGUCAUCUGGGUCGACGCGCACGCCGACAUCAACACGCCCGAGACGAGCGGUAGUGGCAACAUUCACGGCAUGCCCGUGUCGUUCCUGACGGGGCUCGCAACAGAGGACAAGCAGGAGUACUUUGGCUGGCUCGAGCCCGAGCACCGCCUGAGCCUGACCAAGCUCGUCUACAUCGGGCUACGCGACGUGGACGCGGACGAGAAGAAGAUCCUACGCGACAACAAGAUCAAGGCCUUUAGCAUGUUCGACAUUGACCGGUACGGCAUCGGGCGCGUCAUGGAGAUGGCGCUGGCGCACAUCGGCUCCGACACCCCGAUCCACCUGUCGUUCGACGUGGACGCCCUGGACCCCAUGUGGGCGCCUAGCACGGGUACGCCGGUUCGCGGCGGCCUGACGCUGCGCGAGGGCGACUUUAUCUGCGAGAGCGUGCACGAGACGGGCCAGCUGGUGGCCGUCGACCUGGUCGAGGUCAACCCCAGCCUGGCCGACCACGAGGCCGGGGCUCAUGAGACUGUCAGGGCGGGCUGCUCGCUGGUGCGAUGUGCCCUGGGCGAAAGCUUGUUGUAGCGUCCCCCUGCCUGGGGCCUAUCUGGGUCUGGACCUGGGUUUGAGGUUUGAGUUUUGGGUUGGGUUUCGCAGGUCCCAUCGGGCCGGGCCGGGCCUUGCCUUGUCACUUUUACACGACGGAUGAUCACCACCACCCUGCUUGCUACAUAGACAUCUUGCCGGCUGGUACUGCACGGAUUUCCUGCUUUUGGAUAUUGGCGCCGGUGUUUGGGCUGGCGAAGACUGGAUAAACAAUAAACAGUUUUGAAUCACAUGCAUCACGGCCGCACAGAAAACCCCUUGAACAUCUGACUCGGCGGCCCGCGAGAUGUGCACCUGCCCUGCAUUGCCCCAUGGAAGGAAGCUCACGGAAAUGAUCCACUUGCUGCACAUGGCUUCGAUCCAGCGCAAAUAAAUAUGCACGCCUGUCUGUACAAUAAACAUGCACUACUCGGUGACAUUACGAGAGAUUUUGGUAGGUAUGCACGUUGAUAGCCUCCACCGGACGUUAGACACAAUCCAUUAUUUUCGUGGG